AUGCCACAGUCACUAAGUCACGUUAAGAAAGAUGCAAGUUGCGUGGUAUAUGUUACUUCCCUACAGGUUGGUUCAGCAUCUCAGCAGGGGAGAGUGCACUGCCUUUGUACGCACUUGACAUCUUUUGGUGGAGAUUUCUUCGUGGCGCCAAAUCCCAUCGACUUUGAUAAGGUCUGGGACGAAUUUGGCCGUCUAGGGGAGACUGGAAACUAUGUUGUGUUAGCGACUGUCUGCACUUUGUUAGGGUUUUAUGUAGUGGGCUUGAUCUUUGCCCGACGAGCCGACAAGAAGGACGAGUCAAAGGUCGUUGCAGAAUAUCACCUCUCAGAUCCACAGACUGAGGAGCACACUUACACCAUUUCCAUACAAACUGGCGCGUGGAGGAAUUCUGGAACUACCGCCAAUGUAGGGCUGGUACUAUAUGGUGAAGAAGGCGUCUCAAAGCCGAUAAUCUUUACAUGUAAACAACUGCAAAGGAUAUUCUUUGCCAGAGGCAGUGUAAACACUUUCACUCUGUCUCUGCAAAAAUCAUUAGGAUCCCUUUUUAAAUUAAAAGUAUGGCACGACAAUUCUGGAGACAGUCCAUCGUGGUUUCUUCUUGAAAUUGUCGUAGAAGAUGUCCAGACAAGAGAAAAGUGGCAUUUUAUAGCGAAUCGAUGGCUUGCUGUUGAAAAGGGCCUCGGGGAGAUAGACCUCGAGCUGAUAGCAGCAUCAAAAGCAGAUCUAUUAGAAUUUAAAAACGUCCUUCACUCUCGAGCCCAAAAAGCUGUCGGAGACUCGCAUCUCUGGAUUUCUCUGUUCACCAAACCUCCGCACGAUCAGUUUACUAGAUGUCAAAGACUUUCUUGCUGCCUGUCAGUCAUCUUUUGCGCCAUGGUAACUGGUGCUAUGUUUUAUCGCUUUGGCGCCAAAGCCACAGAUGUCUUCUACAUUGGACCACUAAAAUUUAGUUGGACAGAAAUAAAGAUAGGUAUUCAGAGUGGCCUCGUUGCUCUCCCGGUUAACUUUCUCAUUGUAACCAUAUUCAAGAAUAUCAAACAAAGUGGGGAACAACCAAAUUCUUCAGGAUGCCUCCCGCAUAUCUUUAUUUACUUUAGCUGGGGCCUUUGUAUCUCCACUACGUUAGCCAGUGCUUUGUUUACCGUCUUUUACAGCUUAUCUUGGGGUGCUGAGAUCUCGAAUCAAUGGCUUGUGUCUAUGACCUUCUCAUUCUUUGAAGACGUCUUGCUAAUUCAACCAAUGAAAGUGUUGAUUAUCGUUUGCUUGCUGUCAAUAAUUAUUAGGAAGCCACUGGACCCUGACUCAGUGUAUCAGUCCCAAAUUCUACCUGAACAUCAGUUCGCACGCACAGGAGAUGUUGGAAAGGAAGCAAGAAUUCUUGAGAUGGAGGAGCUUGAGAAUGCACGCUUUCAACGCAAGAAGGAAAAAAAUGCGUUCCGUGCAAUUGUUGAGAUUUGUUUCUUUGCCGCAUUCCUCUUUCUCUUUAUGGUUGUGUGUUACGGGAAUCGAGAUUCUGCGAGAUACAGUCUGACAAAAUCAGUGCAGGCUCUUUUUAAAAACUUUUCGAAGGUGGAUGAUACACCAUCUCUAUGGAGUUGGAUGAGGAAUACGUUUGUUCCUGGACUGUUCAACACAGCGUGGUAUAACGGCAAACCAUUUGAUUAUGACGAAGGAUUCAUCAGCAACAGAGAAAAUUUCCUAGUUGGAAUGCCAAGACUUCGGCAAAUACGUAUACUUCCAGAAGCCCAGUGUAAUUCAAAAAGCCAUUCCUUAGGACUUGUCCUCCCGCGAUGCUUGCCUUUCUACAGCGAAAGCAACGAAGACACCACACCUUUUCACAAACCGGGUUGGAUACCAGUCAAGAAUGCCAGUUUGUUUAUUACUAAUACCGCCGAGUUGGAUUCGCUAUGUCCAAAACCAUGGCAAUAUGUAACUGCAAGUGGGUUGAAGUCAGAACCAAUUCAAGGCACAACAACCGCGUACCUUGGGGGAGGGUUUGUGGCAAAUCUUGGUUACAACUCGGAAUCAGCAUUAGAUGUCUUAGAAAGCUUGGAAGACAACCGCUGGAUCGACGACAGGACAGUAGCUAUUCUUAUUGAAUGCACAUUGUUUGAGCCUGCAAAAUCCUUUUAUAGCCUUAUGAGAUACUUAUACGAGAGAUUCCCAACUGGAGGCGUCAUAACAAGCAGCACAGUAAAAACAGUUACUGUUUAUUUACCCCAUGGGUCCGCAAGCUACCGAUCAUUUUAUCAAGUUUCGCAGGUGCUGCUCAUGUUGGUAAUUCUCGGGUUUAUAAUAAAAGAGAUCGCAAAAGCGUUUCGAGGAGGACGCAUUUACUUCAAGCGGUUUUGGAGCUGGAUUGACAUAUUGUUGAUCGGCUUUGCUGCCUCCGGAAUUGGAAUAAUGCUUUACAAAGAGGGAUGUACGCGUGAAUACGUGAGCAAUGUUCGAGCAAAUCCAUUUGAUAACUGGAGCGCUGAUCAAAUUAUGUUCUGGUCCGAGGUUGAAGACUAUCUGCUCUCCGUGGUAAUGUUUGUGGUCACCAUUAAAUCCUUGCGACUUUUUCGAUUCAAUCCUCACGUUUAUCAAAUGAGAACGACCCUGAGAGGUUCCGUCACUCCACUUUCCUCUUUUGCAGUGGUAUUCUUUGUCGUUAUAAUAGCAUUUGCUUUGUUUGCGUUCUUGUCUUUUGGAUCUUCGGUACUCAACUAUUCCACUUUACCCCAAGCAGUUCGUACAUUGCUUCAGAUGGUCAUUGGUGGUAAGUCUUCGUAUUAUCAGCUCAAAUUUGCCACCGACAGUUUUCUUGGGCCAUUAUUCCUCUUCGUAUAUUUAUUAACCGCAAUGGCAAUCUUAGUUAAUACGUUUAUAGCCAUUUUAAACGAGUCCUAUACAAUGUCACGAGAAGAAAAAGAAAGAAAAAAUGACGCUGAUGACAUUGACUAUGUUGAAUUGUUUCAAUACUUACAGUCUUGCGUGAAAGCCUCUAUACGUUCACUUUACAACUUCGGUGAAUUCGUUCGAUUAAGUUUCUGUAAUAGGAAACAUAGUCGUAAAUAUCAGGUUAAUGGAUAUCAUAUAACCCAUGCUCCUAAGGCUAACGUUCCUAGACUAGCCUCUAUGGAUAGCCUGGACGAGAUCCAAUAUCCUAUUUUGUCUCAUGCGGAGGAAUUGCUUUCCAAAGUGCAAUUGCAUCUAAGGAAGCUUACCGAAGGAACAAUUCAAGAAAACUCUGAAACAGACCAGGACACAGAUCAAGAGGGUAGCUGUCCCGAUUCUGAGCUGGAGUUCGACAGUGAUUGCGGUAGUUUUCUUUUGUCAGCCAGUGAUAUGUCUGACACUCCUGUAUAGCUUCUUUCCACAGUCACCCAGUCUCAUAUUGUAUUAUUGAGGCCGCUCGGCUGCCAUUUGCCCACACUAACCUAAUGAUGGCCAGAUGAAAUUAUAAUCAGAGAAUAACAAUUAAAACAUGAUUUACUUAAGUUAUCCCUACUGCAUCUGUAUGUAGUGGAGAUAUGACGGUCGGGUUAUUAUUUCGUUUUCUGAGUCCGGACUUUGGAAUUUAUUGAGAAACUGUCAUAUCCGAUUCCCCUUGGGGAAACUGCCAUAUUGUUUUCUUACAUCCUUAUCCCCUCGGGGGUAUUAGGGAGUUUUAGCAAAACACGACGGCGACGGCGACGGCGACGAGAACAUCACUAAACAAAAAGUUUAAUGAGCGAAACAAUGAUUUUACACGCGCGUUUUGAAUCUUAGUACAUUUCUUGCCCAACAUCUACGAACAUCAACGUGCCGAGAAUGACCUAUGACCUACGUGUUUUGGAGAACGUGAACCACAGCGGCUAAUUUUUGGUAUCUUCCUUUGCAACUGAACGCUGUCAUUUUUCCCGACCAAGUUUAUGGACCGAUAAGCGCACUGAACAGAACUACACA